UUGACGUUUUCUCUUUUGAUUCGUCGGAUAGGGGAAUAAUCAAAAUACCCAUUUAUUAUCUUAAAAGGUUAAUGUUGACUUGUCUUUUAGUUUCUUUUAAGAUUUCACCAAUAGACUCAGAACCACAAGUCCCUUCAUCAUUUGUCUGGAAACUGAAAUCAGGGAGAAACGUUGAUCUUUGACUUGACAGUGUUAGAUUCGAAUCAUGUGUGGUUGAAAGAAGAAAUCUUGGAGGAAUUUCUUUGAAGGUGAUUUAAUCAUUGCUGUGAAGGGUGCAUGAAAGGUGUGAUAAUGCAGGAGGAGGGGAAUCAGGAAGAGCCAUAUGGUGAAUCUGUGGAGGAAUAUAAACCCAAAAGGGGGUUUUGGGACUGUUUAUGCAUCCCCAUCCAAUGGUUUAGCAUGCUUUCUAGGGAAAUGCAUUGGAGCUUUAUAUUUGGGGUGGUCGUUAUUUACGGAAUAAGCCAGGGACUUGGUGUAGCUCUUGCUGAAGUUGGCACAAAGUAUUACAUGAAAGAUGUUCAGAAGGUGCAGCCAUCGGAGGCACAGAUUUAUAAAGGAAUCACAUCCAUUCCUUGGGUUGUGAAACCUAUUUGGGGUCUUCUCACUGAUGUUCUCCCAUUUUUUGGGUAUCGCAGGAGACCUUAUUUCAUUUUUGCUGGAAUCAUAGGAGUAGUUUCCAUGCUUUUAUUAUCUUUGCAUGAAAACCUGCAUCUUGUGUUGGCCCUUCUGUCAUUAACGGCUGGAAGUGCUGGGGUGGCAAUAGCAGAUGUAACCAUUGAUGCUUGUGUGGCACAGAACAGUAUCUCUCAUCCUUCACUUGCAGCUGAUAUGCAAAGUUUAUGUGCCGCCAGUUCUUCCAUUGGAUCACUAUUUGGUUUCUUCAUCAGUGGAGUCUUUGUUCACCUUAUAGGCCCAAUGGGGGUGUUUGGUUUGAUGACCAUCCCAGCUGGACUAGUAGUUUCUGUUGGUUUUCUGCUUUAUGAGCCUCGCAUGCACCACACAUCAUAUAGACAGGUGAAACAAAAUUUUGUUGAUGCUUCCAAGGCCAUGUGGACUACAUUGAAGAGUGAAGAUGUAUGGAGGCCUUGUUUAUACAUGUAUUUAUCCAUUGCACUGAGUUUGGAUGUUCGUGAAGGAAUGUUUUAUUGGUAUACAGAAUCAAAGGGUGGACCAUCUUUCUCUCAGGAGAGUGUUGGUUUUAUAUUUUCAAUUAGUUCAGUGGGGUCACUUUUAGGUGCAAUCCUAUAUCAGUAUGCUCUGAAGGAAUAUGCAUUCAGGAACUUGCUGUUCUGGACUCAGUUGAUAUAUGGUUUGUCAGGGAUGCUUGAUCUGGUUCUGGUAUUGAGAUGGAACCUGAAGUUUGGCAUAGCAGAUUAUGUGUUUGUUGUGAUUGUUGAAAGCAUUGCCCAAAUGACCAACAGGCUAAAGUGGAUGCCUAUGCUUGUGCUUAGCUCAAAGCUGUGUCCCUCAGGCAUUGAAGGAACCUUUUUUGCUCUCUUGAUGUCAAUUGAUAAUGUUGGACUUCUCUCUGCAGCAUGGGGUGGUGGUUUUGUUCUCCACAUUCUGAGGAUCACAAGAACAAGGUUUGAUAAUAUUUGGUUGGCUAUUUUGAUCAGGAACAUCUUAAGGAUCACUCCACUUUGGCUGCUGUUUUUGGUUCCUAGAGCUGACCCCAACUCUUCCAUUCUCCCAACAACUGAAACCAUGGAUUCCGAGGUGGUCAUUGAGACCUCAGACUCCAAAAAUGUUGAAUUGGUCUCCCUUGUACACAGUGUUGAUGCUAAAUAGUUCAAUCAAAGUUAGAGACAUUCUUUUGCACUCUCAAUUCCAAACACACGAAAUUACCAAGCUAGUUUAGCAUUACAA